GAAAAUAAAUUCAAAAAACAACAUUAACUGAAUUAAAAUUCUCUCUUCUCUUAAAAAGAAAGGGAAAGAACAGUUUUUUUUUUCUCACUUCUCUUUAGUUACUGGUUCUGCAUCUGUAUCUGUGUCUUCUUUGGCAUUUUGUUUUGGCCUAUGGUAUUUUGGCUCUGUUCUCUCUUUCUCCCUGACUGUAAUUUUCAUUAAAGAUCUCAUUUUUAGCUUGUUUUUGUGUAUUCAAGAGGAUAAUGGUAGCAGCAGUAGUGGAAUCACAAAGGAGUGUAACAGGGUAAGACUAAAAAGUAACAACAAACUCGCUUGGAAUUUGUAGGGAUUAACCAAAAGCUAAGAAAUCAUACUUGGGUGUUCUCAGAUCUCUAGGAUCUUACAAGUUCAGGCUUUGAAUGGUUUCUGCUUGUUUCUCGAGAAAAUUCUCUUCUUUUUUUUGCUGAUGGUUUGUCUCUGCUUAUUGAUAUUCAUAUAUUCUGUGUGUCCCAGUUGGGUACUCCCUAAGAUGGUGAAUUUUGGUUCCAUUUGAAAGUUUUUAUCUGCUUCCAUUCAAGUUGGAAGGGCAAAUAGGGGACAGUGUUUUUGUUAUGGAAAUGGUGAUGGGUUUGUACUUUAUAUCGUUCUGAUUCUAAAAUAGGCCUUUUUAUUUCGAUAAGGCUCAUUUAAACUUCAUGUCAUCCAAUAUAUGGCUUGUAAGGUUUCUGGCUAUGGUGGUUUUGAUCAGAGUAUAGUGGUUUUUCAAAGAGAGGGAGUAAAGCUACUAAACUGAGAAUAGAAAAGGAUGGAAGGGAGGAGUUUAUGGCUGUGGAAAGUGGGGCUUGUCGUUUGGGCAUUAAUGGAGAUUUCUUCCGCUACUCUUUCUCCUACUGGCAUAAAUUAUGAAGUUGUAGCUUUGGUAAAUAUAAAAACUGCUUUACAUGACCCAUACAAUGUUCUGGAAAGUUGGGAUAUCAAUUCUGUCGAUCCUUGUAGCUGGAGGAUGGUUACUUGCUCUUCAGAUGGAUAUGUUUCUGCUUUAGGACUUCCUAGUCAGAGCUUGUCUGGGACCUUAUCUUCUUGGAUUGGUAACCUUACUAACUUGCAAUCAGUGCUGUUGCAGAAUAAUGCUAUUUCAGGCCCUAUACCGGCUGCCAUUGGGAGGUUGGGGAGGCUCCAGACGCUUGAUCUCUCCAACAACACAUUCAGUGGAGAAAUACCUGCUUCCUUGGGGGACCUUAAGAACCUGAAUUACCUGCGGUUAAAUAACAACAGCCUUACUGGAACUUGCCCUGAGUCUCUGUCCAACAUUGAAGGUCUCACUCUUGUGGACCUUUCAUUUAACAAUUUGAGCGGUUCCUUGCCUAAGAUAUCAGCAAGAACUUUCAAAGUUAUAGGCAACCCUUUAAUAUGUGGACCAAAAGCUGAUAACAAUUGUUCUGCUGUCUUCCCAGAGCCUCUUUCUCUCCCACCAGAUGGUCUAAAAGGUCAACCAGACUCUGGAUCCAAUAGCCACCGUGUGGCUAUUGCUUUUGGUGCAAGCUUUGGUGCUGCAUUUUCCAUCAUAAUUGUUAUUGGAUUAUUUGUUUGGUGGCGAUACAGAAGGAAUCAGCAGAUUUUCUUUGAUAUUAAUGAACAAUAUGAUCGAGAGGUUAGCUUAGGCCAUUUGAGAAGAUAUACAUUUAAGGAGCUCAGGGGUGCAACUGAUCAUUUCAAUUCGAAGAACAUUCUCGGGAGAGGUGGGUUUGGAAUAGUGUAUAAGGGAUCCUUGAAUGAUGGGACAGUGAUAGCUGUCAAAAGGCUGAAGGACUAUAAUGCAGCUGGUGGUGAAAUCCAGUUCCAGACAGAAGUAGAGACAAUAAGUUUAGCAGUCCAUCGAAAUCUGCUUAGGCUCUCUGGGUUUUGCACCACUGAGAAUGAAAGGCUUCUUGUUUACCCUUAUAUGCCAAAUGGAAGUGUAGCAUCUCGAUUAAGAGAUCACAUACAUGGCCGGCCAGCUUUGGACUGGGCAAGGCGAAAGAAGAUAGCUUUAGGUACGGCCAGGGGGCUGCUUUAUUUGCAUGAGCAGUGUGACCCCAAGAUUAUUCACCGUGAUGUCAAAGCAGCCAACAUUUUGUUGGAUGAAGAUUUUGAGGCAGUUGUUGGCGAUUUUGGAUUGGCAAAGCUUUUGGAUCACAGAGAUUCCCAUGUGACCACGGCUGUGCGUGGCACGGUUGGCCACAUUGCUCCAGAGUAUUUAUCAACAGGUCAGUCAUCAGAAAAGACUGAUGUCUUCGGGUUUGGGAUAUUGCUUCUCGAGCUUAUCACAGGCCAGAAAGCAUUGGAUUUUGGAAGAGCAGCUAACCAGAAAGGUGUCAUGCUGGAUUGGGUGAAGAAGCUCCAUCAAGAAGGCAAGUUGAAUCUCCUAGUAGAUAAGGAUCUUAAAGGAAAUUUUGACAGGAUUGAAUUGGAAGAAAUGGUUCAAGUUGCUCUUUUAUGUACACAAUUUAAUCCUUCUCACCGACCAAAGAUGUCUGAGGUAUUGAAGAUGUUAGAAGGCGAUGGUUUAGCUGAGAAAUGGGAGGCUUCACAAAAGAUCGAGACUCCUAGACUGCGAUCCUGCGAAAACCAUCCUCAAAGAUAUUCAGAUUUUAUAGAAGAAUCUUCACUAGUGGUAGAAGCAAUGGAGCUUUCAGGACCUCGGUAACAAAUCCCUUCAGGCUCACUCUUUACAUAUCCUUGUGUUGUGAAAAGCAAAGCUUUGAUAUUUGUUGAAUGCAUGUAUUCAUCUGUAAAAAAAGAAAAAAAUGAAAAAAAGAAAAGCAAAGUCAUGUAUAAGCAUCUUGUUCUUUGUUGGAAAAUCAGUUGAGUUGAUUGCUCUCACAAAUUUUGACAUUGCCUUACAGAAUAUCAUAGAGAGAUUUGUAUGUAUUUAGUGUUCACUGUAUCUCUCGCUUUUUUCUGCCAAAAAGGAAAAAAAAUGCGACUCCUUCCA